AUGGGAGCUGAAGGAGAGGGCACCGUGUCAGAGGAAAAACACUCACCUGAGAGAGCAAAGCCUCCGAGGCCCGAGCUAAGAAACGGGGUUCUUCGGAGUUACAGCAUCAGCUACAGAGAGUACGACCCUGCAGGCCGACAGUUUAAAAGGUGGCAGCACUUGAGUGUGCCGGCCACACGGGAACUAGAGAGCGUCGUCCUCAGCAACCUGAAGCCUUCUGCCAGAUAUGGCGUGAUUAUACAGGCCAAAAACGACGCAGGAAUAGGACCUGCUUCAAAUGCCCCUCUCUGCUCCACUCUGGAUGAGGUGUCAACUAUCAAGUCUUCUUCCACUGCUGCCACAUGGAUAACAGCUGACACAACUUCCACAGUUCAGAGUGUUCCUGCUGCCACUGUUUGGCGAGGAAGCACCCCAGGCAUCACAUCAGUGCCCCCGGACCCCCCGGUGGUUGAGUUAAAGGAGGUCAGAGACAAUACAUUUUCCAUUUUAUGGACCCCCGGGUUUGAAGGAGAAACUCCCAUCACUGGCUAUUACCUGGAGUCCAAAUCAGCUAACGCCUCCUGGGAUUACAUAAAGACAGUUAUUGACUUCAGCCCUAACCAGACAGACGCCACAAUAAUAGAGAUGAAUCCCUCCACAUUCAACAUCCGCAUGUUUGCCAAGAACAGUUUGGCCACCAGUGGAGCCAGCAACGUCCUCACCAUCACCACUGGAGAAGGAGGUCGUCAGAGGGGUGAUGUCCUUACCACCAUUUCUACUGACACUCAUGCUGCUGCGAGCGUUGACAAGAGUAAAGGUGGUCACCUAGCAGCCAUCGCAGUGCCAGUGGUGCUGGUGCUGUUGGUUGUUGGCAUGGUAACAACAUGGAAGCUUCUCCGAAUAAAACAGAAAAAAGGCAACCUCAACAUGUGGCUGACCAAUGGAGCGCUUCGUUACAGAGGCGCGGAGCCACUUCAAGAGCUGUGAAUCUCUAAACAUCCUCCAAAAUGAGGCUUUAUCUUACAGGACAUUUUAAUACAUUUGCUAAAUAGAAUUGUUUAUAUAUAUAUGUAUUUGUUAUGGUAUUGAGGAAAGAAAUUAUAUCUACUACAAAUGUAUGUGUGCUAAGUUGAUUCAUAUUAACCAAAAUAAAAAAAUAAUCAAAUGUGUUAAUCAUUAAAUAAACUUUAAUCACAACAUUAACGCAAAUGGAAUUUUACUUUCAAACCUUCCUUGCACUUUUUGCAUUACUUUAUUAGUCAUUUUGGUUAUUUUUUUCUUUCUCAUUUUAACACAAUAUCGGCUAUUUGAUUGCAUAAAACUCAACUGAAAUCAAAGGACUUGUUAUAUUUGUAUGUGACUUUAUGUGUAAAGAAUUGAUACCACAUCUUUGCUGUUUUUGCUUUACGCUAUAAAUAUAGCCUAGUAAAUUACCAAAGUCAUCUACAUGUACUUU